AUGUCGCCGUCACGCGUGUUUCUCUUCUCCGUCUGCAACCUUCUUCUGCUCAUUCGAGACUCUUCUGGAUGUCUGCCAACAGGGUUCGGGGGUAAGUUUCUGCCUAUUUUCAUCCAGUUCAACGCAUUUUCAGGAAUAUUCGGAGGAGGUGGGGGAGGAUGUGCCAGCCGACCGAAUGGAUGUGCGACGGCAGCGGCACAGUACGCCGCUCCGAUGCCACCGCCCAUCUACUCGUUCAGCCCGCAGGUUCGUUGAGUCCCAAAUUCAAACCUCUUGUAUUCCUCCCAGAUGUUCCAACAACCACUUCCGCCACCGCCACCACCACCGCCUGCGAAUUCAGUUCCGGCGCCGGUACCACUGAUUUCUUCUCCGGUUCCCGCUGCUUCCUCCUAUCAGGGAAUGUACCAGGACCGUCCGCAAGCGCCUUCCAUCAACCCCGAUUACACCGGCACUGCUCCUCUCAGUUUUGCAGUACGUUUCCCGUCCGAGAUCAAGAAACCUUCUUAUUUUUCUUUCAGUCUUCGGAAGAUGCAGCGAAUACUGUAAUUGAUCCCCUGAAGUACAUCGAACACGUAUCGGUCUCCCAUACUCCGGCCGUUCAAGAAGCGUAUCCUCCGAGUCCGGUGGAUCCGUUCGCAAAUGUUCAACAGCCGAAACAGCAGAUACAGGUGAGUAGACAUCGGAAAACAAUUUGAGCCCAUUUCCCAAUUCCCCGUUCUCAGGUGGCUCCAAGUUCUGCCUCGACAGAAGACACCUAUCUGCCAGGACCGCCGGAAAAGGAAACCAACGGAACUAGAAGUCUGAACACGUACUACAAUCAAGUGAGCGCCUCCAGAUCGUUUUAUUCUUUUCAAUGCCAGAUUUUCAGAUGUGCACCGGCGAGAAAAUAGCCACGGGCGAGAAGGAAACCAUAAAUUCGGCAACCAAAAAGUGCGAACUUCUCAAGUGUGUGGCCGCGAAUGCACAGCCGGACAGCCACGGAUCCUACACGGUUUUUUCGCCGGUCCGAAUCCAUUUAAUAGUAACUUUUCAGGUAACUUAUCUGCGAACGGCGACGAGCAGAUCGAACAGCAAGGGCAACUACUGCCUGUCGACUGUUGAUCUUCCAGCCAAGAGCAAAAGAGUCAUCAGGCGGUUCGAUGAGAUGGUAAAAUAGAACAAGUGAAACUGAAAUGGUUGACAUGAAAAGAUAUUUUCAGGCGGCGAAUGAGGAGAACCCGGUUAGAAGGAAGAUUUUCAAACUUUAA